UAGAGAAUACGGCAAUACAUUAUUGAGUUAAAUAAUUUCACAAUUAUAUUGAAAUACAGUGUUAAGGAUACGGUAUCAUAUGCUGAACUACACUUUGCUAGCUCACUUGCUAUAAUACUCUUUUGUGCUGAACUAAAGGGCGUUACAAAUAGCUUAUAAUAGCAUAUACGGCACACAAGUUCAGACAUAUUUGGCAGUAAUUGUGAAUAAAACACGUAUUUUAUAUUAAAUUAUUUUAAAAUACAAUUGCCAUGGCCGAAUACGGUAAAGGAAACCAACAACAGUGGCAACCGGCCCAGACUGGACCCGCACCACCUUAUUCUGGACCACAACAGGGGGCUUACAUGCCUGGUCAGGCACCACCACCCGGACAGUAUAUGCCACAACAGGGCACUGUCCUAAUACAACAAACGCCGGCCCCACAGACUGUCGUAGCGGAUGUCCCACAUGUAGAGUCGGGCAAUUGGAUGAUGAGUUCACAUAAAAUGGGAGCUAAAAGUGAUUUUGAGUGGGUUUACAGCGACGAACCUCAUGCCACCCGACGUACACUGAUCCUGGACAAAUAUCCACAAAUCAAACAACUAAUGACACCCGACCCUAACCUCAAAUGGUUGACCAUUGCGACGGUUGCCAUACAAUUGGUCUCGUUUUACAUGUUAAGAGAUGUGACCUCUUUCUGGCAAUUAUUUCUAAUCGGCUUUUGUUUCGGUGGAGUCCUUAAUAUAUCGCUGCAGAUGGCUAUCCACGAGAUCGUACACAACCACGCGUUUGGUCCGUCCAGACCAUUGGCCACCAAAAUACUGGCAAUAAUCGCCAAUUUGCCGAUUGGUGUGCCCGCAUCAGGGUCGUUCAAAAAACUUCAUCUAAUUCAUCACAGAUAUCAAGGCGACGAUGUACUCGACGCCGACAUCCCCUCCCAGUUUGAGGCCGUGUUCUUCAACACGACGUCUACUAAGUUCUUGUGGGUUAUAUUGCAUCCAUUCUUCUAUGUCUUGCGACCACUCUUUUCUCAGCCAAAGUUUGUCUUAAAUCCCAGUCCCGUAGAGUUGGCCAAUAUUGCCAUACAAUUCACUUUCGACUAUUUGGUGGGCCAGUGGUUGGGCUGGCAUAUCGUGGCCUAUAUGAUAGGAUCGACACUGUUAUGCAUGGGAGUGCAUCCCAUGGGUGGACAUCACUUAUCGGAGCACUUCAUUAUUCCUGAUGAGUGUAUCGAUAUGUUUGAAAAUAAUAACAUAAAUGAACUCCAAAGGGACGACUACUCCAAACUCAUACCUGAGACCUACUCCUAUUACGGACCACUCAAUGCGCUCGUAUAUAAUGUGGGCUAUCAUGUGGAGCACCACGACUUCCCAUCGAUUCCCGGCUCACUUUUGCCUAGAGUUCGUGAAAUAGGGUCGUUCAAAAAACUACAUCUAAUUCAUCACAGAUAUCAAGGCGACGAUGUACUCGACGCCGACAUCCCCUCCAAGUUUGAGGCCGUGCUCUUCAACACGACGUUUACUAAGUUCCUGUGGGUUAUAUUGCAUCCAUUCUUCUAUGUCUUGCGACCACUCUUUUCUCAGCCAAAGUUUGUUUUAAAUCCCAGUCCCGUAGAGUUGGCCAAUAUUGCCAUACAAUUCACUUUCGACUAUUUGGUGGGCCAGUUGUUGGGCUGGCAUAUCGUGGCCUAUAUGAUAGGAUCAACGCUGUUAUGUAUGGGAGUGCACCCCAUGGGUGGACAUCACUUAUCCGAGCACUUCAUUAUUCCUGAUGAGUGUAUCGAUAUGUUUGAAAAUAAUAACAUAAAUGAACUCCAAAGGGACGACUACUCCAAACUCAUACCUGAGACCUACUCCUAUUACGGACCACUCAAUGCGCUCGUGUAUAAUGUGGGCUAUCAUGUGGAGCACCACGACUUCCCAUCGAUUCCCGGCUCACUUUUGCCUAGA